AUGAUCCGAAAGACAAAUUUACUUCGAAAAUGUAUCUCUUCUGUUGCGGUCUGCAGUCAGUCAUAUAUUCCAGCAGCCAUUGCAUUGUGUGCAACACAGAAUUUAUGGUAUUCAACUAAGGUGUUUGUUCGACGAUGUUCCAGCAAACCGAUUUUUGAAGUUAAGAAAAAUAUUGUUUGGAAUGACCCAUUGGAACAGUCAUCUCAUAACAUACGAUCUAAGCCAUCAUCUUCCAUACCAACAAAAGAAAAAGACGAGGAGUUAGAGGAUUUUGUUGAUUUGGAAAAUUCCGAACCUAAAACCCUUGCAGAAGCAAAUAUUAGAAAGCAUUUGCUCAUUAAAAAGCUGGAUGAAAUGUUGCAACACUUUGAUGAACAAAACCAGCAUGAAAAUUUGUUCAAAAAAUUAUGUGAUAAAUGGAAUUUAAGAAAAGAGCUUUGGAAAGCAAAAUCAAUGAAGCCAGAUGAACAAGUGACUUAUACGAAAGAAAUGUUGACAAGUUUGGAUUCUUCUGCUGCUCACCUUUAUUUUGAUUGCGCCAACCGUUUCCCAUAUUUAAAGUUAUGUAGUGCCCUUUGCUUGCCAGAUUAUUUUUCGACAUGGUACAAACUAACUCUGAUGCAUAUUUGGAUGUUGCUUGUUCGUUUACAGUCUGUCUUAGAAGCAGGAGCUUAUGCUAGAAUCAGGAAUAGUAUUCUCGAAAUUAUGUUUGAUGACAUCGAUAAGCGUUUAAGAGUUCUUUCGGAAGAACUGCAAGAAAUAGUGCACCAUCAAAAGGACAAACGUCGUAUGGCUGGAUUAUACAUACAAACAUUCUUUGAAUAUGAUGAAGGAUUCCUUUCUGACGACCCAGCAUUAGCUGGAGCUUUGUGGCGUAAUCUUUACAUGCAGCGCCCCGUAGAUCCAGUUCAUCUAAAUCGAGCGGUGUUUUAUAUACGUGGAACGAUGGCCUACUUGGAUAGCCUUUCUUUGGAGCAGAUCUUAUUGCAAGGUAUCAAAGAUUGGAAAACUGCGCGUUCAGACGGCAAAUUUAGAGACGAAAAUGUUUUUGAAUUGGCCAGAAGUAUAGCACCUUCUUUACUAGAGAAGAAAUAUAACCGUGUCUAA